AUGAAUGUGGGAAUCUUUAACAGAGUCAACAGCAAAAUCAAGGAGGGUGACGGAAUGUAUUCAGAAUGGAACUCGCUUCCACUGGAGGGAGGAGGGCGAGGUGUUUUGGGUGUAGUGGGUGGUCGGGAUGUAGUAUUAGCGGUUGUUUGUCAACUUGCUUCUCACCAACCUAGCCCUCUUACUACAGACGCUGAGGUGGAAUGGGUUUUAGAGGUAAUACGUUAUGGGUUGUCGCUACCACUAUCAGAGCACGAAGCACUCCGAGCGUGCGUGCAUGUUUGCUACUCGUGGCUGUCAGCCCUUCUGCCCCCUUCGCCGCCCGCCGCCCCCUCACACCCGCCGCAGCCCGCGGUGCCUCCGCCCCUCGCUGCCGAACCGCAUAGAUAUGCUAAUAAAAUAUUUAAUCAUUUGCACAAUUUGUUUGUGCCGAGGCCUAACGAAACACUUGCAUUUAUUUACCAAACGGACUUAGGCGGCGACUCGAUAAGCAAGCAAGCAGUGCUAUGCCACCGCGUGCUGCGCCUGGCGCGGCUGCUGGCGGACUGCGGGUCGCUGGGCCCGCGCGAAUGGCGCUCGCUUUUGCUGCUGCUGCUGGCUGCCGCGUCGGCGCUGCUGGCGCCCCCCGCCCCGCUGUACGGCGCAGCCGAGGAGCUGUGCGAGCGGGUGCUGUGUGUGCUGUUCGAAGUGUGGAUCUUAGCGUGUCACAGAUGCUUCCCGUCGCCGGCGCUGUGGCGCACGCUGCGCGAGCAGUGCGUGCGCUGGCGGCACCGCGCGCCGCUCACGGAGCAGUGGGCGCGCGUGUCGCUGUGCCUCACGGCGCGCCUGCUCGCGCACGCCUACGGCCCGCUCUACCCCGCCAUGCCCAUAGCGGAAGAGGACGCCAACCUGGUGCCGGCGGACAUGAGCGCGGAGGCGGUGACGCAGAGCUGGUAUCGCAUCCUGCACACCAUCGGCAACCCCGUCGACCUCACUAAGCCCCACCUCAUCAGCCACACGCCCGAGUUCCUGCAGUAUUGGAUGACGGAGGAGGGGAGGGAGGGGAAAGACAGCAAGGAGGGCCGCGAGGCGUGGGUGAGCUCGCUGGCGCACAUCUUCCACCGCGCCAUGCUGGGCGUGGCCGCGCACGUCGACGCCUUCCUCGGGCGCAGUACGGAGCGCUGGGCGGUGGAGGGCGCGGGCGCGGGGGCGGCGCCCGACGACGGCGAGGCCACGCCCCCGCCGCACCGCCGCCUCGCCAAGUCCUUCAGCGCGUCGCGCCCCAAGGACAAGCCCCUUGAGAAAAGUACACCGAGGUCGUCUUUGAUAGGUCUAACGAGCCGACCUUCUAGUGUAAUCCCAACCACACCGCCCAAUUCUAUUAUUUCGCAAGUGUUGGCAGCGGGCGAGACGGAGAAGCCGCCGCUGACGCCGCUGCGGCCGAAGGUCAACUCCAUCCUGCACCUGUUCGGCGAGUGGCUGUUCGAGGCCGCGCUCGUCGGCACCGCGCCCCUCGGGAACAAUCAACAGCGAGCAGAUGGCACUCCUCCGCCCGUGUCUCUGUCGGAUGCGUCGCUGAAAUUAAAUAUGAUUAAUUACCAAGCAGGGCGCGCGGAGGCGCUGGGCGCGCUGUGCCGCGUGCUGUGCGCCAAGCAGUGCCGCGAGCGCGUGCUGGCGCCGUACCUGGCGCGCGCCUACGCGGCGCUGCAGCGCGGCCUGCGCGACCCCGCCACCGCCGCCGCCGUCGUCAUGCACUCGCAGGACAUAUUCCGGAUCGACCUGGAGGGCGUGCUGGUGCUGGUGCCGGACUACAUCGCGGCGCUGGACCGCGUGCUGGCGGAGCGCGAGCCGCGGCUGGAGGUGGCGGGCGUGGCGGGCGGCACGCGGCGCGCGCUGCGGCGGGCCGCCAUCAGCCUGCUGCUGUCGCUGGUGGCCUUCCCCUACCACUACCGCGGCCUCGCCGUGCCCGAGUUCCCCGGGUGUAAUGAGUACGCGGGCAUGACGCUGGGCGAGUACGCGCGCGGGCGCCUGGCGCUGGUGUGCGUGGGCGCCGUGCAGGCGGAGGCGGCGGACGCGCUGGCCGUGCCGCUGCUGUCCGCGCUCUACCUCUGCGUGCGCCACAACGCCGCCACCCCCUCCCCCUCCCCCUCCGCGCCCUCGCACAGCGCCGACUACAAGGCGCGGUCGGAUAGCAGCGGGCCGGCUAGUGCGGAAGGCUCGCAAGAUGACUUCGCAGCUGAUGUUAGAGAGUUAGACCCAUCUUCGCCUUUUUUCGGGUCUGCGCUAGUUGUCCGUGCCACGUACUUGGUCUGCCACAGACUUAUCUCGUCUUGGAAAGGAGACCUACAAGUAUCUCUCGCGGCUCUCGAGCUUUUAUCGGGACUUGCCAAACUGCACUCAUCUAAACCAGAAUUUAUGAUAGAGGCGACGGAGCGCAAGCGCGCCGUGCGCUGGAUCUGCGACUACAUCGGCGUGCAGUGCGGGCGGCCGCCGCCGGCGCACUCGCGCGACCUGCACUCGUGCGUGGUGGCGGCCUACACGUGCCUGGCGGCGUGGCUGUGCGCGCCGCUGCUGGCCGACGCCGCCUGCCUCGCCGCGCUGCUCGAGGUCGUCGAGCUCGGCAUCUCCGGCUCCAAGAGCCAGGGAAAACCGGGUGAACCACCAAAGAUGAAAGAUGAAAAAGAACUUAAGCCAGUCUCCAUGAGAGUGAGAGAUGCCGCUGAAUCGUUAUUGAUGUUGAUACUAGAACAGGUGGGCACGGCGGCGGGCGGCACGUGGUGCCGGCUGGACGAGCGCUGGCUGGGCGCGCUGGGCCACGCGCGCCUGCGCCACUUCGUGGCCGACGGCGACACGCUGCUGUCGCUGCUCGAGGAGCCGCUCGGCAACAGCCAGGAGCCGCAGCCGACCGUCGUCGUGAUCAUCCGGUGCGGGUGGGGGCGCUUCGCGUGGUCGCUGAGCAGCCGCGGCGCGCCGCGCUGCGCCCCGCGCGCCGCCGCCGCCUGCGCGCGCCCCGUGCCCUUCGCGGAGCCGCCGCCGCGCGCGCCGCCGCAGUGCCGCGCGCUGCCCCACGCGCCCCACGCUCCCCACGCGCCCCACGCGCCCGCCGUCGCCGUGGACGCGGCGUUCCCGUCGUUGGAGUCGGUGCUGCGCCAGCUGAACGACCCCGAGGCGCCCACGCUGUUCCGCCUGCUGGAGCAGCAGGCCGCCAUCGAGCGUCGCGUGCGCGACACGGAGGACAACGUGACACCCGAAGAAUACGUUCCACCGGAGCCGGUGACUGAGUUCCAAACGGCACGAUUGUUCUUGUCACAUUUCGGCUAUCUAAAUAUCGGUGGCGAGAAAAAGGGUCGGAUGCCGCGGCUGACGGCGCUGGACAGCGCGGCGCCGGGCUGGGCGGCGGCGCUGCGGCGCCUGGACGCCACGGGCAGCCGCGCCGCGCUCACCGUGCACGUGUUCUACGUGCGCGCCGGCCGCACCGCGCCCGCCGACAUCCUCGCCAACGCCGCGCGCGCCGACCUCGCGCCCGCCUUCGUGCGCAUGCUGCGCGGGCUGGGCACGCCGGUGCGCGUGGCGGGGCACGCGGGCUGGAGCGGCCACGUGCGCACCAGCUACGACGCGCCGCCCGCGCCCGCCGCGUCCCCCGCGUCCCCCCCGCCGCCGCCCGGCACGCCCGCGCUCUACGACGGCAGGGAGCAGGUGCUGUACUGGUCGGACUCCACGGAGGAGAUCGCGUUCGUGGUGCCGUCGGGCCACGAGCUCGCCGACGACGACGUCAGCGACGUCGACGGCAACUGCUUCUCCAAUAGCCGCAGCUCGGACAGGUCGGGCGGGUCGUGGUGGGACGUGUCCGGGGGCGGCGGCGGGGCCGGCGCGGGGGGCGCGGUGUACGAGCGCAGCGUGAGCGAGAGCGAGCGCGCCGAGCGCCGCCUGCGCGAGCAGGCCCGCGCGCUCUCGCUAGAGCUGGACAAGCCCGCCGCCGCCGCCGCCACCACUACCUCUACCACUACACAGCAAACGUUGUCUGGAAGUGGUAGGAGAAAUAGAGAUUUUAUGCCAAAGAUCCUCAUUAUAUGGUUAGAAGAUUUCGAAGAUCAUCUUAAUUUACCAAUCGAGUCGCUGACGCGGUACUGCGGCACGGGCGUGCCGUACCGGCGGCAGUGCAGCAGCGUGGUGUGCGUGAGCGGCGUGCGCGGCGGCCUGGCGCGCGUGCGCGUGCGCCGCGCCGCCGGCGUGCUGGCCGACGGCGCGCUGCUGGCGCCGCGCCUGCUGCCCGCCGCGCUGCGCCGCGCCGCCAGCUUCCUGGCGCGCCGCGACCGCCUCAACACCGACCUGUACCAGCCCCCACAUGUCCGCAGACGGCACCUCAUACAGGACAUCGCACAGCAGUUCAAGAAGGACUUGUCCGAACCAGAGUUACUGGAAUCUUUAUUUAAAGCACCU